AUGCACGCAACACUAGCUGUGGCCCUACUUCCCCUGCUUGUCGCCGCCCUGCCCACCGGCCAAGGUCCUUAUGGCGCUGGCGCUGGCGCAGGUAAGGCCCUCAACUCCCUCGACGGCUCUUCUACGAUCCCUUCUUAUUCUCAGACCCUCCCCCAAGGUGGCUUGGGGCCCGGAGAUGAAGACCUUGAAGAUGACGACUUGGCCGAUGGCGACCUUGACGACUACGUCCCGGAUCAGGCUGCAGCAGCCCCUCUUGCCGAUGACGACUAUGACGAGCUGGCCGGUUACACUGACGACGAGCUGAACGCCUACCUGGACGGAGACAAUGCAGAGGCAUACAGACGUCUCGCACGUCGCCAGCUCGACGACAUGUCUGGGGAUAUGAUGGAGGACGAGUACCUCGAUGACGGAUACGGAGACGAGAUGGGUGGUUCCAUUGGCGGCGCAUCGGGAGCAGGUGCCGGAGCAGGAAUGACAACUGGUAUGGCAGCAGGUACUGGUGCUGGUGCCGGUGCAGGGAUGGGAUCAGGUGCCGCAACAGGCGCCGGAGCAGGAAUGACACAGGGUAUGGGAACUGGCGCUGGUGCCGGUGCUGGUACUGGAACUGGCAUGCUUGACGAGUACGACGAGCCUCUUGGCGCCGGCACUCCGGCCACCGGGACCGGGGCCGGAGCCCAACCGGUCGCACCCCAGACGACUCCUGCCACCCAAACUCCUUCAACGACCCAGACCACGCCAGCCCAGACCACCCCGGCCCAGACGGGCACGCCGGUGACGGGUCAGAAACAGAGCCUCGGAUCCAAGAUCAAAGAAUACGGUAAGAAGUCCCUCGAAGUGGUUUCCUCGGUGCUGGGGGGUGCCGGUAAACUCGCGAGCAGCGUGCCCCGCACGGGCGGCAUGGGCAUGGGAAUGGGCACGGGUAUGGGCAUGGGCACCGGCGUCCUGUACCGCCAAUAA